CCGGCGGGAGCAGCGGUGCCGCCCCUGCUGUUUCCCAGAGGAAAUGGGCGGGCUGAGCGCGGGGCGUUCUUUCCCGCGGCUGCCUCUGCGUUGAACGCUUUAGGCUGUUUUCAGAUAGAAAAGUGCCUGGAAACACUCGCUUCGUCGUGUCAGCCCGGUGACCUGGAGUUUUCAGUCGGUGAACAGAACUCUUAUUCCACUGAUACAAACGGAGUGCGUCGAGCAGGAAAGAUGUGAGAUUAAAAGUUAUCCCGAUGUCCCCUCGUUAUCCCGGCUGUCAGGCAUCCCUGGAGCGGGCUCCCGCUUCCAGCCUGCCGUGAGGAAACCUUGUGGAAAUGCUGUUUUCAGUGUUUCCUUGUGGAAAAGCAGCUGCGAUGUCCGGAGCAGCUCCGGACCACCGGGAGAUUUGACCUCCAUCCUAGAGAGGCUGACCUGGAACAGAGACUAGACAGAGCAAAAGAAAGAAUAAAGGCUCAAUGAUGGAUUCACCAGAAGGGGCCACAACUAGAAGUGAGCAGAAAUUCAGAAAAUUCUUAAAAAGUCUCAUAAGAAAGCAGCCUCGGGACCUUCUCCUGGUAAUUGGGACGGGGGUGAGUGCUGCAGUAGCCCCAGGAAUCCCUGCACUCUGUUCCUGGAGAAGCUGCAUCGAGGCUGUCCUUGGAGCAGCUGAGCAGCUGGAGGUGCUGCACCCGGGGGAUGUUGCUGAAUUCCGUAGGAAAGUAACCAAAGAGAGAGACCUGCUUGUGGUUGCACAUGAUCUCAUCAGGAAGAUGUCACCACGUACCGGGGACACGAAGCCCAACUUCUUCCAGGACUGCUUAAUGGAGGUGUUUGAUAAUUUAGAACAACACAUUCAGAACCCUGUGGUCCUGCAAUCCAUCCUGAGGCUCAUGGAGAGAGGCACAAUGGUUCUGACUACAAACUAUGAUAAUUUGCUUGAAAUAUUUGGUCAGCAACAGGGUAAACCUAUGGAAUCUUUAGACCUUAAAGAUAAGGAUAAGGUUCUUCAGUGGGCAAGGGGCCAUGUAAAAUAUGGAGUUCUUCAUAUUCACGGCUUAUAUACAGAUCCCUGUGGAAUGGUGCUUGAUCCCUCAGGAUAUAAAGAUGUUACUCAAGAUCCUGAAGUCAUGGAGGUUCUUCAGAACUUGUACCGAACCAAGUCUUUUUUGUUUUUGGGUUGUGGAGAGACUCUGCGUGACCAGAUAUUCCAAGCUCUUUUUCUUUACACAGUAAAGAACAAAGUGGAUCUAGAACAUUACAUGUUGGUACUUAAAGAAAACGAAGACCACUUUUUUAAGCUCCAGGCAGAUAUGCUGCUGCAUGGAAUAAAAGUGGUGUCCUAUGGGGACUGCUUCCAACAAUUCCCAGAGUAUGUCCAGGAUCUGACUGCUCAAAUCUGCAAACAGAGAAGUCCAGAUGCUGAUCGGGUGGACAGCACAACGCUGUUGGGAACUUCAUGUGUGGACUGUGCUAAAAGGAAGUUAGGAGAAAGCAGCACUGAUUCUCCUAAGAGGAUCAAGCAGCCAGAUGAUAUACCCACUCUAGAAUGAAAAAGCCCCAAGCACCCAAGGCCCACCCCAGAAGCUUUUUAACAGUAGGUGUUUUACAUCUGCUGCAUGGAAAGUUUUGAGCUGGUAU